CGUUCCCGGCAGCCGUCAGAUAUAUGCUGGCUGCCGGGCAUACUAUAGCCACUCUGAAAAUUUUAUGCUAUCUAAGUUAAUCGCUGAGGCAAAGAGUAGCAUCGAGAUGAUGAACUCUACAAUCGAUCAAGAUGGUAACGAGAAUGAAGAUGGUGCUGGUGACGAAGUUGCUGACUGUUCGCAGCCGUCGAGUGCAGAUUCGCAAGUCAAGAUGGAGAAAUGCCUAUUUGGCAAGGAGUUACUCACCAUACCUCAAGAACUUGCAGAGAACGCAUCCAUGUUGUUCGACGUACUCAGCCUCAACACAUGGGAGAACAGUCUUACAGAUGGUAACAGACAACACCUCAUGAAAUUUUUACCAGAUUUCCAAGAAAAUGACGAGGAGGAAAAGAAGGAUACUGUCAGGCGUUUAUUUUGUCUCGACGAAUUCAAGUUUUCUUCACCACUGCGAACCUUUCAAGAAACAUUGAAAAAUGGCUUCUUUUCUCCGAAAGUCGCCAAGUACAUGCAGCUAUGCAGGAAGGUGAAGAUGCGUGACUAUAGAUACCAGCAGCAGCGAUACUAUUCCAAUCUCCUGAAAGAUAUGCUCAUUUCACGACAGGUUUACCUGGAAGCUGCGUAUCGGACUCCGCCGGACAUGCCGGUCGUCGUGGAGAGAGCGUAUCGGCCGCCACCGCGGGAGCUGAGCAUAGAGUACCGCACCAACGUCCAGUAUCUCAAGGUGCUGAGGGAAGUGCGUGACGAAUGUGGCGACGAUGAGACGGACUCGGACGACGAGGGAAUACCAGGCUACUCUGUGCCGCGCAGCAAGCCGCGGAGUCGUAUCGACCAGGACGCGACGGCAGAAUGCACGGUGUCUUCCACGAUGGCGUCGCGGGGUUCAAAAUCUGUCGGUAUGUACAAUCACCAGAGGGCGCCAACACGAGAACAAGAACUAAUUACAGAGGAUCAAGAAGGUGAAUUGCAGCAGAAGCAGAUUCUAGCACAGCAGAAGGUGUUUGCGCAUGUGGAGGCCGCAGACUUGGACACAAACGGCAUCGAACUAAAGGAUAUCAUCGCUAGGUGUCAUCCGAGUAGGAAGCUACCCGCCUCCUACCCACAGACAGUUGCGGUGAAGCAGGAGGAGCAGCAGGCGGACGGGGACACGUCCGGGGCGGCGGCGGCGGCGGCGGAGGCGGCAGCGAAGAGGAAGGUUGCGAAGAGGAAGAAGAGGAAGCUGAAGCUGAAGAUGGCUUCCUCAUCGGCGGUCGGCGCAUCGUCUCCAAUGGAGCAGGGCUACGGUGACCUCGGGUCGUCCAUGGAGGUCAAGCGGGAGCCGCCGCUCACCAUGGCAGACUUGGACGACGAAUUGAAUAGGCCAAUGACACCAAAGUAUCUAACGACGAGCUACCUGGAAGAGAAGGUGCAGUUGUGGCAAGACUCGGGAGCGUGGUCAUUCUGUGUGUGGGCAGGACUGCAGGCCAGCUGGCCCGACAUGGUCGUCUCGGCUCUCAAGUUCCUAUCCGGGGACUCCAUAGGGCCUGACGCGGUGUUCCAGAACUUCGUGCCAUACCUGGACUACAGGGAGCGGCAGCAGGCGUGGCAGUGGAUCGGGACGACACGCGACGGAGACGAUCAGCUGCUGCCGCUCUGUCUCUACUGGCUCGACAACGCCGGGCAGGACGCGGGAGCGGACGUCCGAGACACGUCGGGUCUCGCGUCUCCCCCUCCCCCUCGCUGCCCAACUGACUACAUCAUAUCUACGUGCAGUGAGUCUGAGCGGAACGAGUACAGAGCCAAGGAGCGCGAACGAUACGCGAAUCCGCACAAGGCGUUCGUCUAUAAGAUGCACGGCUUUGAGAGCAUCGUGGGGCCGGUGAAGGGUGUCUACAGCAACUCGGGAGCGGCGAGCAAGGCACGCGAACACUCGCUACUGGUGUCCGACCGUCCGCCGUUCGUCACCAUCCUGUCACUCGUGAGAGAUGCCGCGGCGAGACUGCCCAACGGCGAGGGAACACGUGCUGACAUCUGUGAGCUGCUAAAGGACUCGCAGUAUCUCGCAACCUGUACAGACGCACAGAUCAACACGGUGGUGAGUGGGGCGCUGGACCGGCUGCACUAUGAGAAGGAUCCGUGUGUGAAGUACGACGUCAACCGCAAGCUGUGGAUCUACCUGCACCGCAGCAGGACCGUCGACGAGUUCGAGCGAUUGCACCUCGCCCAGGCGGCAGCUGCGAAAGCGAAGAAGGCUCUAGCCAGACAACCUAAGGCGCUGGCAAAGACAGGCUUGCACAAGCACCUCCGUGAGGUCAUCAGGCCGGCGUCCGCACUCAGCACGGGCAGUAGCGACGGUGGCGCCAUCGAUGUCGACCAGGGCCUCAGCCCCAAGGGUCCCGUGUCUCCGAGAAACUCGUCAACGCCCAAGAUGGCUACGAAAACUAUCAAGGAGGUACUUCAGCAGCAACUUGGCAUUGGUGGAGAGAUGACGACAGAUGCUCUGCUUCCUCCUCCGACAUCCGUGAGCGUGACGACGCUGUCGCCGGCCGUACAACAGCAGAUUCUGGGUCAGCUGACGAUGUCUGGGAAACCACGCUCCUACAUGAUGGCAGACAGGGCAGGCGCACCUCUCUUCUCUCCCACACCCACAGCGGGCAAGCCCGGAGCAGCGGUCGCAUCAUCGAGACCCGGCACCGUCAUGAGCUUUCAGACGUCCAUCCAGCUUCCGGCCACCCCCGCCGGUGCUCCGACCGCCGCGCUCAACCUUCCGCACGACAAGCCGGGGUACGGCGUGGCGAUGAGCGGCGGUCAGGCGGUGUCAGGGAAGCCGCUGGCGAUGCAGGCGGGCGGCGGCUACGCGGUGACGCCGGCACGCACGGCGACAAGCCCCAUGCCACAGCUGACGGCGGCAACAACAUACAACCUAGCCACUGGCGGUAAGAUCAUGGUGCGGCCGUCGCAGGUGAAGCCGACGGACAGGGCGCCGGCAGUGCAGCAGGUCGUGGCGCCGGGACUGGGUCGCGCCCGCGUCAAGCUCUAUCCGCAGCCUCCCGGCUCGUCCGGUGGCGUGUUGAACAGCGGUGGCGCCACCAUCGUCACGGGUCUGCAGCAGAUCGGUGGUCGGCCCGUCUACAUCAGUCAGCUGGGGAGCAAACCCGGCGCUCAGCUGCAGGGCCUACAGACCGUGCUCAUCCGCCAGGACGGCUCCGCGAGCCCGCAGCGCGUCGUCAGCCCGCAGACACACAUCCCCGCGAACGUCGCGUCGCAGGCAGACGCCACAGGGGGCGCCGCUAAAUUCAUCACUGUCGGCGGCCAGCAGGUGGUGCUGAGUCGCUCGCAGGCAGGCGGCAGCAAGCCGACGACGUACGCCAGCACGAAGCCCGUCGUUGCCAGACUCGUCCAGCAGCUGGCGUCGCCGGGGGUCGGCGGCGGCGGCGGCGGCGGCGGAGCAGCAAUGCAACAAGUGUACGGUGGAGUGCGAGCAUCUACUCCCGGAGCCACGAUUCGUUUCCAGGGAAGGACAGUCUCGAUUCCUUCGCCGGGCAAGCCUGGUCACGUCACCAUGGUGCAGCAGGCGUCGGCUGUGGGUGCGCCAGCGGUGCAGGCGCGUGCCGUCACGCCUGGUCUCGCGGCGCCGGUGCGACAGGCCGCCCGGAUGGUGCUAGCCGCGUCGUCCGCUCCCGCUGCAACGUACUCAGCUGUAAGCAAGCAUCAGACGCAAGUGUCCAGCGCUGUAAAGGUUGUUUCAUCGUUGCCUCCAGGAGUGAAGUUUACUCAGCUGACUGCUGCCCAGGCUGCUGGCCUGAAGAUAGCACAGGGCCAAACCCUUGUGAUCGGAAGCCAAGCAGGAGGUGGCGGACAAUUCAUCAUCCCCGCUAACACGACGAGCGCAGGAACGAGGGUGGUGUCCGGCGGCGGGUUGCCGGGGCAACAAGCAAUCAUGCUCGGCUCGGGGACACAGGCGGGUAUCGGGCAGGCCGCCCCGACGUUCGUGCUCGCAGGCGGAAAAACCGGAGGUGGCAUAGCUCUGUCUCCUGCCAGUCUUAGAGCAUUGCAGGGCGUCAAGGUAGCUUCUGACACGAGGCAAGCUGCUCCGAAAGGCAGAGGUCGUGCUGGACCAGUCUAUGCAAGGAUAAUCACCCCACCCGCCAACAUGCCCGGUGCUGGCUCAAUUCUACAGGGUAUGAAUCAGCAGACUGGAGCAGCAUCAGCUCCCGUUACCGUAGUGACAACCCUCAGCACCGAUGAAGCCAAUAAAGGGACAAACAGUUGAGAGCUGUCAUCAGCCGACUCACCAUCCCACGCACAGUAUGAAGUGCCUCCAGGGGGCGCUGCUCCAAACUCUGCACUGAUUAGACGGACGUGCCACUGCGAGUGCUUGUAUAUUGGGGUCAAUUAGUGGUCAAGUGGUCGCUUAGGGUCUGCGAUCAAAUUAAGAGGUAACGCUGUUGGCCAAAUCCGGCGUUGAAGUCGGGACGCCGACUGUUGUGUCCGUCGGUCAAGUAAAGGCUGUUGCCGGGUGAAACCGGCCAUCAUCGAAUUGCGAACCCCGCGCUCAGAGAACGAGCCGGUCGGCUUGACCACACGACGUUCCCACGCUUGAGACUCGCUCCUGGCGAGGUUGUCGUGCCAACUGUAACCUAGGAGGGAUCAUCUUGGUGACCUCUGCAUGACCUUCCUGGUGACACUCAAGGAAUAUUCCCUGUCGUCUGCAGGGAUAAUGUCGUUAGGAAUGACGUUUUGAAGGUGAAACGCGCACAGUGGAGAUCUGAUCGGCCACACGAGGUGAUACGUCCUUCCCGUGUGUUCCCUUCGGGCUACGAUCCAGAAAUGCCGAGACUCGAAUCCAAUCGUCUGUGGACGGCGAAAUUAUGAACUGACCGUUAGGCAGAAGGUGUGAUUGGACGUGUAGUGAUAUAUGCGAUGCUAGAAUUACUGUGACGCCUGUAGAGAUUACUAUACUUCUCUAGAAAGUUUUUGGAUUGUCUACGGAUUCCUGGGCUUUAGUCUGGUCUUUGAACAUCGAUUUUUCCCAUUGAGUUGCGUCGGUGAAAUUGGGAGAGGCGUCUGUCCGCGAUAUGGUGUUUAAGGUUGGUUGUGCACGUGGGGGUACAGUGAAUCGACCUUGCUUAUCAAUAUAUAUAUUUUAUGUUACAUUUGUAAGUGUGAACUGCUUCGUGCAGGUGAAGCACAUGCUUAGAAUGUAUAUUACAUGCGGAGAAGUCCUAUCGCGGGGGUUAUGGACAAGUACGAUAACCAUGAUUAUGGCACAUAGCAUGUUAUCUAUGUAUAAUCAUAUAUUAAUUUUGUACAGUCGUGUAUUUACAGUACACUAGUAAAUCAUUUGUUAUUCAUAUAAAACA